UAAAGAUAACAUGGGUCCCCUUGGAGGAGACGUGGAGGACAGUGUUGCUCUUCACCCUAAGGCCCAGAGAAUGUGGCACAGAAUGAGGCUGAAGAAGCCGCCGCUGGCCGGAUGCUGCUUCUUGCUUGCUUUAUCGGUCGUCACUCUUACUAGUUUCUCUCCAACGUCCCUCAACAGCUACAAGGAGCCCCAUUUCCAAUACCUGGCUAGGGAUGAGCCACUUGAGAACGCUGCCCGUUCCAAGCGCACAUGGACAAACUCCACUGUCUCCGUUGCCCGGCAAGCAUGGCGCUUCAGCCACAGGACAUGGCCCAGUCCUCAGGGGAGACCAGGCCUACCAAAUCCUAGCUCUGCUUGCAAACAAAAGAACAAACCGAGCAGUCAGGGUGGGCAAGAUCUCCAGGGGUUAAAAGCAAGGAGGAAAUACAGCGGGCGGAUCAGAAAACAUCACAUUGGGACAAAAAGCUCUGGACCCAGCAUAAAACUCCAAGCCAAAGGCUAUCCCUCCAGGACUAGCCCCAAUAAGAGGAGGAAGUAUGAUGUCCCUUUUACUUUAAGGAAUGCCGGAAAAGGUCUUAGCUUUUCCUCACAUACUACUGGGAAGGAGGUAGGCUGGAAACCACACUGGCGGCUGGCCCCCUUGGCUCCUCAUUUGCAAGAUGGAAAGCCCAGAGCUCAUUUGUUUCAUAAAAAUGCUUCGGCAGGCCAGCUAACCGUACCACGGGAGCAAUGUAAACCAGAUGUACAGACAGCCGGCGCUGAACACCAACCCUCUGAUUUAAUCAAAGCUUUUAUCUUGGACAGGCCGCCCUCCCCGAGCGUGACAGGCACACGGAGACAGAUGAGAAACGCUCACUCUCGACAUCCACAUGUUUGGGCUGGAGACCCAGAGGGGCUGCAGAAAUCCGAUUGGUGCAAAGAGCCACGAGGCAGUGGCCAUCCCGGGAAACUGGAGGGCAGAUUGAGGUUUGGCGAGAAGAGCCUUCCGUGGUUUACUUUGGAAGAUGUGCAGAAAAUGAAGCUUCUGGCCAACGGCACUGUGGUGAACAAAGACAGGAUCCCCGGCCACGGGCAAAUUCUCCGAGUCGCCCUGUCUUCCAGCCGAGAUGCUCUCUCCCAUGACCCCAGCAGCCUCUGUUCAGAUGGGCUUUGUGGUUUAAUCAAAAGGACCACUGACCUCUAUGAGGUCCUGGCUUUCCACUUAGACAGGGUGCUGGGGCUGCAUCGGAGCCUCCCUGUGGUAGCCAGGCAAUUCAGCAGUCACCUGCUACCCUACAAAUACACCAACGGUGCCCCUAGGCCCAUUGUAUGGUGGGAACCUGAUAUACAACACCUGAACGAUUCCAAUAAUGACCAGAACUCCUUUGCUCUCAGCUGGCAGCAGUACCAGGAGCUGCUGAGGCGACGGUGUGGCAUGGAAGAUUCUGGAACAUCUCUUGGGAAAGCUCCGUGUUUGACUGUCCUGCAUUCAGAAUGGGCCAAAUUGGCACUCUUUGAUUUUCUGCUACAGGUCCACGACCGCCUGGACCGAUACUGCUGUGGCUUUCAGCCAGAUGCUUCUGAGCCUUGCGUUCAGGAAAUGCUCCACGAGAAAUGCCGAAAUCCCUCAGAGCUGCUCUUGGUUCACAUCUUGAUCCAGAGGACCAAGCCUUCUCACUUAGUAUUUAUUGACAAUGCAGGCAGACCUCUCCAUCCGGAAGCAAAACUUAAUUUCAGGCUCCUGCAAGGCAUAGAUGGGUUUCCUGAGACAGCUUUGACUGUGCUCAAAUCAGGAUGUUUACAAAACCUGCUUUUGCAAUCGCUGUAUGUAGACGAGGAAUUCUGGGAGAGCCAGGGUGGAUAUGAAGGACUUCAAAAUUGGCUUCACACCAUUGACAGGAGAGGGCAGAUCCUGCUUCAGUAUAUUCAGGAGUGCAACUUGACAGUCAUUGAAGACUCCUUGCUUUAGCCUUUGGUGACAAGGGUGAUGCACUCACCUGCUAUCAAAAGGAACUUGUGAGCUCCGUCUGUGAAAAUACCCCAACGUGAAGAUGCCAGCAAACACUCAGGCACUUGACUGAUGACGUAAUUUCUGCCAGAUGUGAAUUCAGAAAAUAAAAACUAAUAAAAACAAAAG